AUGGCGGCCGUCGAUGGGGCGAUCGGGACCAGCCAGAAACAACUCGACCUCGACGUGAAGACGGCCUUGGAAGUUACGGUAGUGGAAGCGACGCCCGUGACGGUCGAUGAAGCGGAAACGGACACCUCGUUCCUCAACAGCCUCAUCCAGCGCAUCAUGAGUGCCGGGUUGAAGCAGGAGCCCGAAGCCUACAUACCGGUCCGCCGCCUCACCCGACUAGCCGUCGAGUCGUUCAAGUCAGAGCCGAUGAUGCUCCGUAUCCCUGCUACCGAAGGCCCCGUGCACAUUUUCGGUGAUCUGCACGGCCAGCUGCGCGACCUGCGCAUGAUGAUCAACCACAUCGGGAUGCCGGGGGCGGACGGCACCGGGGCGCACUAUCUGUUCUUGGGUGAUUACGUCGAUCGCGGGCUGCAGGGCGCCGAGACGUUCCUCCUGCUGGCAGCGAUGCGAUGCCGCUACCCAAAAUCGGUUUUUCUGUUACGCGGCAACCACGAGGACCUCAACACGGCCAUCACGUACGGGCUGUACGACGAGGUGAUGGAGCGCUACGGCGAGCAGCACGGCGAGUACGUGUGGCUGCACCUGAUCUCGAUGUUCAACUGGAUGCCCAUUGCCGCCCUUAUCGGCACCAAGGUGUUGGCCAUGCACGGGGGGCUGUCCCCAAAUCUCGCCAGCCUCGAACAGAUCAAUCAGAUUGCCCGCCCCACCCUUAUCCCACCCUACGGGCUGAUGUGCGAUCUCGUGUGGGCCGACCCGGACGCGCUGGUGGCUGACCCGCGGGCCUCGUGGGCCAUGUCCUCGCGCGGCAUCUCGUUCUCAUUCGACGAGCGCGCGGUCAUCUCCUUCUGCCACCGGACCAAGGUCGACCUGAUCGUCCGCGCCCACCAGAUCAACACCGAGAUGCUGCAGCACGGCCACAAGUGGUUCGGCCAGACGGGCCGCCUCGUCACCCUCUUCUCGGCGCCCAACUACCUGAACAUGGCCAACUCGGGCGGUGUGCUCGUCGUCGACGCGAAUGACCACGGG